CGAUACUGCAGGACGCGUUGCUGCAGUUGUUUCACAGGACUUGUCUGUCAUCCAUCCAAAAGGCUGCCACGGGAAAAACAGUACAUCGCACACCCGCCUGUGCAGGCCGUGUUGCUUCAGUCGUUGCGCUUCUGAGUGUGGGAAUCAUCCAUUUCACUGGGCAGCCACUAGAACAACAGCACAUCGCAACAGUCCCUGGCAG